CCAACAACAACUGUGAUGGGAGAUCAGCCAAAGGCAACAACAACAACUUCCAGUGGAGGGUCGGCUGCAGGAGGAUCAGCAGCGGGUUCAGUUGCGACUGAGGGUGACACCGUUAUGGCCGCCGCGACCCAAGAAGCCGUUGGCAGUGCCAUUGCCAUGACCAAUGGAAACGGUAAUGGCAACGGCAGCGGUAACGGUGACGGUAACGGACCGGAGCAUCCACCGCCGGAGUUGCAGGAGUCGCAGGAACCAGGUGGUGUCCAGGGACAGGCGGACAACGAGGCCGGUGGUAGCACCGAUGUUGGCGACGAUGCGGCCACCGAUGCCGGUGCCAGCUCUCUGCCACCGUCGGAGAUCGGUGGACGGGCACCGCUGGACACGGCCGGCUCGGACGGCGGCGGUGUGGCCUCUAGCCUGGCCGGUGGCAUGGUGGGUCCGCCCAGCCCCCUGACCGGAUGCUAUCUGCUGAUCGUGCUCGGGGAGCCGCAUUCCGAGGAGCACAAGGACAACAUCUUGCAGCAUCUGUUGAAGGGAUUCCUCUCCUGGGACGUAUCCGAUUGCCACGUCGAUUUGGAGGAGGAGCUCAAUACGAUAACACAACAUGCGCCCGAGGGAGAGGAGGCACGUCACGGUGAACGUCUUAUACAGUAUGCCAGCGAGAAUCUGGUAACAGAGGUGCUCAUCCAUCCGCAGUACAAUACGUUGAUCCAGUGCAUGCGAAAUCUGCUCAGCAGCUUCACCCGCCAUCGGCACAUCAUCCAUGCCGGCUACACCUUCAGCGGCAAUGGUUCCUGGAUACUGCAGGAUGGAACCUUUUCGGUGGCCGACUUUGCGGAGGCGUUUCAGGAGCACGACGUACAAAGGGUAAUACGCGCCUACGCGGACACCAUCACCAUGAACAUCCAUUGCGCGGAUGCGGGUCUGUGGCACACGCUACCGGAUAAAUCCUUUGCGCGUCAGUGCAAAAUCCGUAUCAAUCCCGUGGAUGUGCUGGACACCAGCAGUGAAUGCAUCAAUGGCUUCCUGGACUACCUAGCGCCCAUGGUGAUGCCCACAUCGCUGCGGGAGCUGCUCGAGACCUCAGAUGUGGUGGGCAACAUUCGCUUUACGCACCCCACGCUCUAUGUGUUCCCCGGCGGUCAGGGCGAUGCGGCUCUCUUUGGUAUCAAUGGCUUUAAUAUGCUGGUGGAUGGCGGCUUCAAUCGUAAGGCAUGCUUUUGGGACUUUGCCCGCCAUCUCGAUCGACUGGACGCUGUGCUGAUGACGCGCCUGAACAACAGCAAUGUGCAGGGGCUUGGGGCGGUGGUCUCUCGGAAGCGGGACUCGCAUGUCUACCCCCAGAUUGGGCACUUUUUCGGCAAUGUACCUGACCGCAAGGGACUGCCCAGUCCCGAUGGUGAUAAGGAUCGCAAUCCGCUGCUGAUCGAUCUGUUCGAGCGGGGCCAUGGCAUCGUGAGUGACCUGAAGGCGCUGGAUCUGAAGCCGCAGAGCUGCUACCGCAACCAGGAGCCGAUUAAUCUGUACCACAAGGUGGGUCACGGCACCCUGGACAUGUACGUGAUCAGUCCGGCCCGCGACUCCAAGGAGGUGAAGGAGUUUAUGCAAAAGUGGAAUGCCGGCGAUCAGCGUUUGUUUGCCGCCCGGGACUCCAAGGACUUUAACUUCCCGCUGCAGAAUCUCGUCUCCAUUUGUGCACUACUCGUGUGGCAGCCCGCCAAUCCGGACGACACCAUCACCCGCAUUCUGUUCCCCGGCAGUACGCCUGACUUCAAGAUCCAGGAGGGUCUCGAGAAGCUUAAACAUCUGGAGUUCAUGAAGCACUCGACGUGCACGGCCAAGUCCAUAGCUCCGGCCAUCCAGACGGUCACCAGCACCCGCAAGAGCCUCAAGUCUGCUAUUGAGGCGACGCCCGCUCCGCCCAGCGCCAGCUACAAGCCCAUCUCUAAGUUUGGACCCGUUGCCAGUGCCGCCGUUGCCGUCCAGCAUCACCAGUCGCAGCACCAGCAGCAGGACAACAAGGCCAAGGAGGAGGCUGCCAAGGCAGCGGCGGCAGCUGCCGUGGCGGCUGCUUCUGCCGCUGCUGCUGCCGCGAUGGUGCGCACCAAGGCAGACUCCAUGGACACGGAUGUGGAACCAGAGGCGGAGCCAGGGGCAGACACUGGGGAUGAGGCAGCGCCUGCAGAGUCCGAGCCAGUGGAGACGGAGGCUGAGGCCGAUGCUGAGCCUGAACAGGAGGCUGGAGAGCAGGAGAAACCCGAGCAGGACAACAAGGAUGAGGAGAAGAAAGAGGAGGCACCAGCAGCAGCCCCGUCCAAGGAUGCCGUCGAUGCCGUUGCAGUGGAAGCGGCAAGCCCUGCGGAUGCCACAUCCACCAGCAAGCAAGCAGCAGGAAAGGCAGCCAAGGGAAAGCUGGACAAGCCACGGGCCGAAGUAAAGCCCGUGGUGCGCUCCAGGAUCGACACGAAGCCGCCCAAGUCCAUGGACCGUAAGCUGGUGAAGCGCGAGGAGAAGAAGAGUUCGCCGACCGCCACGCCCGCGUACCGUGCGAAUGCCUCGCGUGACGGAAAGUACAAGGCAAUGUCCCGUCCGGCCACCAAGUCCAGUCCGAGCAGCACCCCGGCCAAGAGCGCCAAGGAGGCCAACAACCGCAAGGUGCUGGAGUCCAAGCAGCAGGCAGCAGCGGCGGCCGCAGGACGUCAGACGACCACCAGUGCCAGCACUCGGCGUGCCACAAGCAGCAGCAGCACCACCGCAACCACGGCAACCACUGAGAGAAAGAUUCAGCAAAGCCAAGCUGAGUCCAAGACAACGAUGCAGACAGCGGCGCAGCGGAAGCCCAUCUCGAGGCGACCCCGAGGGGUGUCUCCCUCGAAGCGGGCACCAGCACCAGGUAGUCCCAUCAAGCAGGCCAAGCCGAAGGCAGCGGACCUCAAGAAGGCGCGUCUGGACAAGGGCGGCACCACGGACUCGAGUCUGGUGUCGACGCCAUCGGCCGACGAUGCGACAGCUGCCAAGAAGCUGCAGGAUCUGACCGCCUCCCAGGAGCUCGAUGCGGAGAAGCAGCGCGAGCUGGACGACCUAAAGGAGGAACAGGAGGUGGUGCGCGAGAUCGAGGCGGUGUUCAGCCGGGACGAGAUGAAGCGCCAGCAGCUGAUCAAGGCCGAGCUGCGGGAGAUGGCCAAACAGGACAGCACCACUGAGGCCGAGGAGGAGGAGGAGUACCUUAUUAUCGAGAAGGAGGAGGUCGAGCAGUACACUGAGGACUCGAUCAUCGAGCAGGAGAGCAGCAUCACCAAGGAGGAAGAGAUCCAGAAACACCAGCGCGACUCCCAAGAGUCGGAAAAGAAGCGCAAGAAGAGCGCAGAGGAGGAGAUCGAGGCCGCCAUUGCGAAGGUGGAAGCCGCCGAGCGCAAGGCCCGUCUGGAAGGCAGCGGCGCCUCUGCUGCAGCCGCAUCACCCAGGCACGAAGAUCUUACUGCAGAGGGUGAGAUUAAGGCCGAGCUGCAGGAGAUUAUCGCCUCGGCCAACGACAUUGUCAAGUCGCGUACCGAAGAGCAGCUGGCCAAGCCCGAGGAGGAGCUAUCCUCGCCCACGCCCGAGGAGAAGAUCAGCAAAAAGACAUCGGACACCAAGGACGAACCCUUGGAGGCACCCGAAGCGCUGCCCAUUAAUCUACAGGAAAGUCUUCCAGAGGAGAAGUUCUCCGCCACCAUCGAGUCGGGCGCCACCACAGCCCCCACCCUGCCAGAGGACGAGCGCAUUCCGCUAGACCAGAUCAAGGAGGACCUGGUCAUCGAGGAGAAGUACGUGAAGGAGGAAACCAAAGAAGUCGAAUCAGUCGUUGUGGCCAGAGUAAUUCUGCCCGAUGCAGCUUCGGCCACAGCUGACGCGGCCGCUGCUAUCGCAGCCGCUGUGGCGCCUAAGGAUGCGAAAACCACGGUCCAGACUGCCGAGAUUCCUGAGUCCGGAGAUCGAGUCCUGCCCAUGAAAAUGACCUUCGAGGCGCAGCAGAACCUUAUGAGGGACGUGAUUAAGACUCCCGACGAGGUUGCCGACCUUCCUGUCCAUGAGGAGGCCGACUUGGGCCUGUACGAAAAGGACAGUCAGGACUUAGGUGCCAAAAGCAUUUCCCACAAGGAGGAGUCCGCCAAGGAAGAGAAGGAAACCGACGACGAAAAGGAAACCAAGGAAACUGAGGUCGAAACUGUGCAGCAAGUCAAAGAAGCUCCAGUGGCUCCCGAGGAACCAGCCAAGGCCGCAACCCCAACAGCAGCCGCAGUGGAAGAGACAGUGGAGGAGGUGAUCCAGAAAGAGGGGGUCCAGCAGGUCCAAAAGCUCGAAACAAAGAUCGAGGCAGCAGUUAUCACUGAGAAAGAGGCAAAGAAGUCAGCGAGCACACCCGAAGAGAAGGAGACCAGUGACAUUACAUCCGAAGACGAACUCCCCGCUCAUUUGACUGGACCCGCAAUCGCACCAUCGCCAAAGGCAAAAGACCGCGAGGACACCGUAUCAAUGGAGAGUCCUGCCACCAUUGAGGAAGCCGUUGAAGUGGAAGUGAAGCUCGAUAAGCAGCAAGUGGCACCGACGCCUUCCAAAGAGGAAACACAAGAAGCAUCGCGCAGGGAGAGCGUCGCGGAUGAGAAAUCUCCAAUUACCUCUAUCGAAGCCUCUCGCGCUGUAUCUGCGGCAGGCAGUAUCAAAGAAGAAGCUGAAAAUCUCGAAAGCCGUCGAGAAUCGGUAGCAGAAAGCGUAAAAGCAGGAAGCACCAAGGACGAGAAGUCUCCACUUGCCUCAAAGGAAUCAUCUCGACCAGAAUCUGUCGCAGAGCAGGCCAAAGAUGAGGCAGAGAAGCCAGAAGCUCGGCGUGAAUCGGUCGCAGAGAGCGUAAAAGCAGGAAGCACCAAGGACGAGAAGUCUCCACUUGCCUCAAAAGAAGCUUCAAGACCAGAAUCUGUUGCAGAGAGCGUCAAAGAUGAAGCUGAGAAGCCAGAAAGUCGUCGUGAAUCGGAAAGCACCCCAAGGGCACGUCCACCUUCCGUAGCAGAAAGCAUCAAAGAUGAAGCAGAGAAGCCAGAAAGCCGUCGUGAAUCGGUCGCAGAGAGCGUAAAAGCAGGAAGCACCAAGGACGAGAAGUCUGCACUUGCCUCAAAAGAAGUUUCAAGACCAGAAUCUGUGGCGGAAAGCGUCAAAGGUGAAGCUGAGAAGCCAGAAAGCCGUCGUGAAUCGGUCGCAGAGAGCGUAAAGGCAGAAAGCACAAAAGACGAGAAGUCUGCAGUUGCCUCAAAGGAGGCUUCUCGACCAGAAUCUUCGCAGAGCCAGAAAGCGUCAAAGAUGAGGAAAAGGCAGAAAGAGAAGCCAGAAAGCCGUCUCGAGAAGUCUGCAGUUGCCUCAAAAGAAGUUUCUCGACCCGAAUCGGUGGCGGAAAGCGUCAAAGAUGAAGCUGAGAAGCCAGAAAGCCGUCGUGAAUCGGUCGCAGAAAGCGUAAAAGCAGAAAGCACCAAAGACGAGAAGUCUGCAGUUGCCUCAAAAGAAGUUUCUCGACCCGAAUCUGUGGCGGAAAGUCAAAGAUCAAGCAAGAAGCCAGAAAGCCGUCGUGAAUCGGUCGCAGAGCGUAAAGCAGAAAGCACCAAAGACGAGAAAGUCUGCAGUUGCCUCAAAAGCAGAAUCGGUCGCAGAAAGCGUCAAAGAGAAGCCAGAAAGCCAAAAAAGCGUAAAAAGCAGAAAGCACCAAAGACGAGAAGACUGCAGUUCCUCAAAAGACCAGAAUCGGUGGCGGAAAGCGUCAAAGGUGAAGCUGAGAAGCCAGAAAGCCGUCGUGAAUCGGUCGCAGAGAGCGUAAAAGCAGGAAGCACCAAGGACGAUAAGUCUGCACUUGCCUCAAAAGAAGCUUCAAGACCAGAAUCUGUGGCGGAAAGCGUCAAAGAUGAAGCAGAGAAGCCAGAAAGCCGUCGUGAAUCGGUCGCAGAGAGCGUAAAAGCAGGAAGCACCAAGGACGAGAAGUCUGCACUUGCCUCAAAAGAGAAAGCUGAGAAGCCAGAAAGCCGUCGUGAAUCGGUCGCAGAAAGCGUAAAGACAGGAAGCACCAAGGACGAUAAGUCUGCACUUGCCUCAAAAGAAGAAUCUGUGGCGGAGAGCGUUCAAGACAGAAUCUGUGGCGGAGAAAGCGUCAAAGAUGAAGCCGAGAAGCCAGGAAGUCGUCGAGCUUCAGUCGUAGAAAGCGUAAAAGCAGAAAGCACCAAGGACGAGAAGUCUGCACUUGCCUCAAAAGAAAAGCAAGCUUCAAGACCAGAAUCUGUGGCAGAGAGCGUCAAAGAUGAAGCUGAGAAGCCAGGAAGUCGACGUGAAUCGGUCGCAGAGAGCGUAAAAGCAGGAAGCGCCAAGGACGAUAAGUCUGCAGUUGCCUCAAAAGAAGCUUCAAGACCAGAAUCUGUGGCGGAAAGCGUCAAAGAUGAAGCCGAGAAGCCAGGAAGUCGUCGAGCUUCAGUCGUAGAAAGCGUAAACGCAGCAACCAAGGACGAGAAGUCUCCACUUGCCUCAAAGGAAGCUUCAAGACCAGAAUCUGUGGCAGAGAGCGUCAAAGAUGAAGCCGAGAAGCCAGGAAGUCGUCGUGAAUCGGUCGCAGAGAGCGUAAAAGCAGGAAGCGCCAAGGACGAUAAGUCUGCAGUUGCCUCAAAAGAAGCUUCAAGACCAGAAUCUGUGGCGGAAAGCGUCAAAGAUGAAGCCGAGAAGCCAGGAAGUCGUCGAGCUUCAGUCGUAGAAAGCGUAAAAGCAGAAAGCACCAAAGACGAGAAGUCUGCAGUUGCCUCCAAGGAACCCUCACGUCCACCUUCCGUAGUAGAAAGCGUCAAAGAUGAAGCCGAGGAGCCAGAAAGUCGUCGGGCUUCAGUUUUAGAAAGCUUAAAUGCAGGAAGCACUAAGGACGAGAAGUCUGCACCUGCAUCAAAAGAAGUUUCUCGACCCGAAUCGGUCACGGAAAGUGUCAAAGGUGAAGCUGAGAAGACAGAAAGCCGUCGUGAGUCGGUCGCAGAAAGCGUAAAGACAGGAAGCACCAAGGACGAUAAGUCUGCACUUGCCUCAAAAGAAGCUUCAAGACCAGAAUCUGUGGCGGAGAGCGUCAAAGAUGAAUCCGAGAAGCCAGGAAGUCGUCGAGCUUCAGUCGUAGAAAGCGUAAAAGCAGAAAGCACCAAGGACGAGAAGUCUCCACUUGCCUCAAAGGAAGCUUCAAGACCAGAAUCUGUUGCAGAGAGCGUCAAAGGUGAAGCUGAGAAGCCAGAAAGCCGUCGUGAAUCCGUCGCAGAGAGCGUAAAGACAGAAAGCACAAAAGACGAGAAGUCUGCAGUUGCCUCAAAGGAACCCUCACGUCCACCUUCCGUAGUAGAAAGCGUCACAGAUGGUGCCGAGAAGCCAGAAAGUCGUCGAACUUCAGUUGCAGAAAGCGUAAAAGCAGUAAGCACCAAAGACGAGAAGUCUGCAGUUGCCUCAAAAGAAGUUUCUCGACCCGAAUCGGUAGCGGAAAGCGUCAAAGGUGCAGCUGAGAAGCCAGAAAGUCGUCGUGUGUCGGUGGCAGAAAGCGUAAAAUCAGGAAGCACCAAGGACGAGAAGUCUCCACUUGCCUCAAAAGAACCCUCUCGACCGGGCUCAGUGGCAGAAAUUAUCAAAGAUGUGACUGAAAAGUUAGAAACAGCCGAUGAGAAGUCUGCUGUUCCUUCUAAGGAAGCUUCACCAAGGCCAGGAUCUGUUGCAGAAAGUGUUCCUGAUGACCACAAAAAGGACAUGAAGUCAUCGGUAUCGCCUAUAGAAACUGCAUCUUCGCCAAUUGAUGAGGCGGCAAAGGAGUUUCCAGAGAGCGAACUCAUAACCAAAGCUCACCUAACACUUAGCCUGCAUGCGGAUGCAGCGGCUGGCAAGCUACCUACAGAUUCUAGCCCCGUGGACGUUGCCCAGGGCGACUUCUCACAUGUUCUUCCGGCCACUUCAACUAGACCUAAAGUUGGUCCCAGCCAACCAGCAGAACAAUCGAAAGUAGCCACGGCAGAAACUGUCUCGUCUCCUGUUGAUGAAGCGCCGAAAUCUCCUUCUGUCGGGGAGCAGAUGUCACCACGACCAGAUUCUCCUGCAGAAAGUGUCAAAGAAGAGAGUGCUAAGGAUGGUAUGUCUCCCCUACCAUCGAAGGAACCCUCGCGGCCAGCAUCUGCUGCCGAAAGUGUAAAAGAAGACUCUGUAAAGCCAGAGAGCUUGAAGGAUGACAAGUCAAAGGCACCGUCUCAAGUUCCUUCAAAGGAAACAUCUCGACCGGACUCAGUGGUGGAAACUGCAUCUUCUCCAAUUGAGGAGGCACCAAAGGAUUUCGCACAAUUCGAACAAGCUGAAAUAAUAAAGCUGCCCUUGAUCAUUGACCUGAAGGGGGAUCUCCCCACGCUCUCUAGUCCUGUCGACGUUGCUCAUGGAGAUUUUCCUCCCGCAACAACUAGCGCCACAACACAACCGUCUGCCCCUUCACAGCCAGCUGAGCUUGCCCAAGUUGGCACAGAGAAGACUGUAUCGAGUCCUAUUGAUGAAGCCCCCAAGUCCCCUUUUGGUGUAGACUUAGAGAGGCCAGAAUCUCCUGUAGAAGAAGGCAGUGAUAAAGCCAAGUCAGGGGAGCCAUCACGUCGCGAAUCGAUCGCAGAAACUAGUAAACCGGCAAGUGUAAAGGAGGCCUCCUCUAAGGAAACCUCUCGACCGGAAUCCGUUGUAGAGAGCGUCAAAGACGAUGCUGAAAAGCUGAAGAGCGUACCUGAUGACAAAUCAAAGGAGGCAUCACGUCGCGAGUCGCUGGCUGAGAGUAAAAAGAGCAGCGCAUCUCCUACAGCAGUCUCAAAGGAAACUUCACGACCAGACUCAGCCGUCGAUGGUGCCACAAUUGCUAGCCCCAAACCUGAAAGUGCAACAGAGGCUUCCCGGCGCGAGUCUGGAGCCGUAAGCGUUAAGCCAGAAAGUACAAAGAGCGAUGACAAGUCAGCCGCUCCAUCAAAGGAGCCAUCGCGGCCGGCAUCGCUUACCGGAAGCGUUAAGGAUGAGAAGUCGUCCCCCGCUGCCUCAAAGGAAGCGUCCCGGCCAGAGUCGGCUUUAGAAACAGCAUCGUCUCCGAUCGAGGAGGGCCCAAAAUCCAUCGCUGACUUAAGCCUUGAGUUGAGCCAAACCACAGCCGAACCGAAAGGAAAGCUACCGACCCUGUCCAGUCCCGUCGAUGUAGCCGAUGGCGACUUCUCGAAGCCACCGCUGGAUAUUUCCUCGGGAUCUAGUGCAGUAUCUAAGCCCGCUGAACUCUCCCAGGCUGCUGCUGCAGCGCACACAGCGUCUAGCCCUGUGGAUGAGGCUUCCCCUCUACUGGAAGCCCUCGAGGAAACCAUUGAGAAAGUGGAAAAGCAUAUCACCCAAGCAGAAAGUGCACCAGCAAGCGUUGAGCUGAUUGAUUUGUUGGAUCUCAAGGACACUAAGGUGGAAGUGGAGGAGAAGACGGCGACCACCGUCGAGGCUAUUGAGAGCACAGUUGUGGAGACCCUUGAGAAGGUCAGCAAGGAGAGCAGCCAUCAGCUAACAGAGCUGCAAUCUGUGGUGGACACCAAAGUGAGUGAGGUCUUCAAGAUCGUAGCUGAUGUGGCCAAGGUGCUGAAGUCCGACAAGGACAUUACCGAUAUCAUACCCGACUUUGAUGAGAAGGAGCUGGAGGAGAAGCUAAAGUCCGCUGAUCCCGACGAUGAGGAGUCCGACAAAAGCCCAAAGACAGCCUCCACGCCCACUAAAGAGUCCCUGGAGAUCAAUGUGGUGAAGGUGGACAUUGAAUCCGAAAAGUCCUCACCCGACCAGAAAUCCGGCCCCAUCUCCAUCGAAGAGAAGGACAAAAUCGAGCAGUCCGAAAAAGCUCAGCUGCGGGAGGGCGCCGACAGAGCAGCCAGCAAGGACCCCAGCCGUCCAGAGUCUGCAGCCAGCCAACAGGGAGCCACAGAAUCAAUUCCCUCGCGCCCCGAGUCCGUUGCAAGCCACAAGAUCCAAGCCAAGGAAGAGCAGGAUAAGUCUCAGGUCGUCUCAAAGGAGACCUCGCGUCCCGCUUCACAGCUAAGCAGCGCAGCCGAGCAAGUAGAUGAGAAGUCUCCGACUCCGGCCAGGCGUGAGAGCCAGCAGAGUCACAAGGAAGAAGCUAAGGAGGCCUCCCGUCCCGAAUCCGUGGCCAGUCAUAUCAGCGAAAAGGAAGUCAAGACUACUAAGGAGACGGAAUCCUCGCGUCCAGCCUCUAGCACUAGCCACACAAGCGCCAAGGACGAGGAGACGUCCACUAUCUUGACGACAAUCGAGACCAAGGAGAAGAAGAAGGAGGAAAAGACCAGCGAAUCGGUUUCCGUGUCCAAGUCCACUGUGAGCCAGAGCCUUCUGAAGGAGGAGUCUUCCUCCCUCCAGUCCAGCGAGUCGCUGAGCAGCAGCCUGAAGGUAGAAGAUGGCUCCCGAUGCGAGUCCCUCUCCAGCCUAGUCACAGAGAAGGCGAGCACCAGCACCAGCGUCAAGGAGGACAGCGAGAGCGAGAGCCUCAUCAAACUGGUAGAGAAGACAAGCACUGCAGCCUCAUCGAUGCUGGAGGAGCUGCUCAUCCAGUCCGAGGAGUGCUCUUCAGAGUCCAUUGUCAGCGAGAUCCAGACAAGCAGCGCCCAGAAGGCCCUGUCCAAGGAAACGAAGGAGGAGACCCACGAAAGCAGCACAAUCAGCAGCAGCAGCACCAGGGAUGAGAGCCUCAAGGAGACCGUCGCCGAAUUUCUGGCCACUGAGAAGAUCGUCUCGGCCAAGGAGACCUUCAGUGCCGAGGCCUCCAAGACGGCCGAGGAGUGCCUGAGGAAGGCCACCACCUCCACCCAGAGGACAGUUUUCGUCGGCACAGACGAGUCGCGACGCGAGUCAGUGCUAAGCCACACCAGCGAGGGUCGCCAGACCCACAGCGACCCGGAGGACGAUGACAUUGACGGCGACGAGGAGGAGGAGCGGGCCAGCGUGAAGGAGGGACGCUCCAAGUCAAUUGCCACCAUCAUGAUGACCAGCAUCUACAAGCCGUCCGAGGAGGUCGAAUCGAUUGCCACGCUCGAGGAGCACGAGGAGGACCAUCACGCACAGGAGCAACAGCAACAGCAGUCCAGCUCAUCGAAGGACAUGUCAACAACUAGCAAGACAACGACUCUGCUGCAAUCCAGCGACCAGCAGAGCAGCAGCACCAGCACCACUCAGAAGUCUAGCACCACCUCGAAGACUGCCGGCAAGGUGGAGUCCAUAACCCUCACGCAGAUCGACCAGGACCAGGCAGAAGGCCACAGUGACAUCGUGGACCGCAAGACGCCUCCGACAGCACCCGUUAGUCCCAGCGUGAAGCCAACGGGCUCUUCGGCAGGAGGAGCGGCUGGGGGUGGCAGCAUUGCCUCAACCUCGGGCCCUCUAUCGCCCAAGGAUAUUAGCGGCAAGUCGAGUCCCGGUGGCCUCACCUCGGAGAGUCAGUCCAUACCCACACCGCUGGGUCGGGAGUCGCACACUGAGACGCCAGAGUCAUCACCAAAGCCAACGUCACCGUUCCCACGCGUCAGCAAGGACGAGCUUAAGCAGAUGUCCCUGGACGGAGAUCACGGAGAUGUCGAAGCCGAUCUGCCCGAUCUGCACGAGCUGCGUGGCAUCGAGAGCACCACGGCGCUGAGCGGCAGCACGGAAAAAAUCAUUACCACAACAAUCACCACGGUCACCAAGGUGAUCUCCUCGGACGGCAAGGAGAUCGUCACAGAGCAGAAGACGGUGACGACCACGGACAGCUCUGAGCCAGACAGCGAGAAGGUGGUCGUGACCACCACCCGCACCACCAGUGAGAGCGAGAAGAGUGACCGCGACCAGAUCCUGCCCAAGGAGGUGGCUCUGCUGCGAGGCUCCGGCUAUCGUUCCAGCACCCCGGGCAGCGAGGACGAUGAGGAACUGCCCGGUUCGCCCAGAAGUGCCACCAGCUACGAGCUGCAGCACUCGAGCUCUGGCGUGAGCAAGCGGUCCGACCUGGAUGCCGACGACAGCCAGGAUGACAUUCCGCCGCAAUACGGCAGCGAGGAGCACUCCACAGCCCGCUCGAUUCUACUGCCGCGUACAGCCGAUCCAAUGGCCACCUCGUUCUAUGGGGCGCUGCCCGACAGCUUCGAUGUGAAGCCCAGCAGCAGCAGCACCGAGCCGAUACCCAUCCAGGGAGGAGCCGGUGGGGCGCCAGGCGAUAGCCAGUCAUCGGACAGCGUGGAGAGCAGCAGCCAGACCUGGGCUGGGCACAAGUUCCUCGACCAGGCGGACAAGGACUUCCAGAAGGCGCUCGAGGAGCAUGUGCAGGCGCGUGGCGCCGAGGUAAUGUCUUCCGUCACCGCCAAGUACUCCUACUCCCCGUCAAAGGCCGACGAGGUCGAACAGAUUGUCACCAGCACCGCCGAGCGCCAACGUUUUCCCCUCAGCGAUGUCCAGCGAUUGCGCAUCGCCGAGAGCAGCUUCAGCUCAGUGGGCGACAGUCAGACUAAAACCACAGCCACAACCACAACCACAGAAACAUCAUCGCAGGAGAAGAAGGAGGGAGAUGGAGCAGCUAUGACGACAUCUACAACCACAACCACGACCACAACGAGCAGCACCAGCAGUGGCGGCUCUGGAACUCUGCCCAAGGAUCCCAAGGAUCGCCUGGAGGAAUGGGGCAAGCCUUUGGGCUUACCCUCACCCGCACCGCUGCCCGUUGAGGGUGGCUCCGAUAUCCGCACCACGCCCAAGAAGGAGCGUCGUCUGGUGGCCACCAAGACGCGUCUGAACAACGAGAAGAACCUCCGCAAGCGCAGCGAAUCACCGAACAAGGUCAGCAAGAAGCCGGCACCGGUUUAUGUGGAUCUAACCUACGUGCCCCACAACGGCAACUCGUACUACGCCCACGUGGACUUCUUCAAGCGCGUUCGUGCACGCUACUAUGUCUUCUCGGGCACUGAGCCCAGUCGUCAGGUGUACGAUGCCCUGCUGGAGGCCAAGCAGACCUGGGAAGACAAAGAGCUGGAGGUGACCAUCAUACCCACAUACGACACCGAUGUGCUUGGCUACUGGGUGGCUGAGAAUGAGGAGCUGCUGGCCAAGCAUCGCAUCGAUCUGUCGCCAUCGGCUUCACGCUGCACGAUCAACUUGCAGGAUCAUGAGACCUCGUGCUCCGCCUAUCGCCUGGAGUUCUAGGCCACGGGCUUGUUUAUUGCAUUCGACGAUGACUAAACCAGAAAGAAACCAACCAAACAAUCACAAUCACAUUUGCAACAACACUCUGAACACUGACGGAGGAUCGCAGCCCUCGUAUGCCUAAAUGAUAGUGCGGGGAAUCGGGCCUCUGACAGCAGACACACUUGGACACAGGACAAUGACAAUGAAAAGAACGACGACAACGACUACAAAACACCAAAACCAAAACCAAACCAAACCAAACAACAAACAGCAACAGAUAAAAGAUACAAAACAAUCGAAUGCAAUAUGGCAAGUUUCGUGCGCAAGGGAAACGGUAAUCGGAAGUAAGGAGCAGGAGCUAAUAUGGCGGAGUAACGGGUCACAUGCAUGACGCCAUUUUGUUUGCCAAUGCCGUCUAUUAAGCUUUUGCCAAAAAACUUAUUUCACCAGCCCCCAAAAUAACAACAAAGUAAAGCUAAGUAAUUAAUUGAUAUUUAUUUUAAACAAAUUAAUUACAAAAAAAAAGAGUAAAGAAAAAAAUCAAUCAAUCACCAAAAUGCGCAACGUAAGCUGAGAUCCCUAAGAUCCAAUAAAGAACCACUCAUGGGAGUGGCAUGUUGAAUUUUGAAUGAUGAAUGAUGAUUAUUUGUUGCUUAUUCAUUGUAUAACGUCGAGCUACCUUGCCUAGUAAUCCAAAGAUCAAAAUAGUUUUCAAAACCGCAUAGCAAAAAUAUACAAAACAAAACAAAAAUACAAGAAAAUAAUAUAUAAAAAAAACAAAGAAAAGAAUGGAAAAAAAAACAAGAAAACGUAAAAAUCUCUAUAUUAUUGAAAAGAUAUUAUUAUUCAUGUUUAUUGUAUUAGUCGAAACUUUUAUGAAUCCCC